AGGGAGAAAGAAGGGUGGACAUAAAAGCCAAGCAAGAAAACAGGACAGCUAGCGAGCCAUGGCAAUGGACAAAGAUCUUCUCUACUUAUAUAUCAAACAAAAGACGACAAAGAACAUGUCACUUUUCUCGUUAAUGGAAGCCCAUCUCUUCAUGUCAUUCUUUCCUCUAUCCUCCUAUACAUAAUACUACUCCAACACAUUCCCUCUCCUUCCCUCUUAGUCCCUCCCAUUUCUCUUCUCCUUCCCCUCUUUUUUUCUCUGCAUUUCAUUCUUUAUUCUCUUUUCUUGCUUUACUUUUUUGUGUAGGGGCCUUCGAAUUAGAGGAAAUCUUGGGGUGGGUUUUAAGGCUUGUGUAUCAGGGGCAAUGAAGUAUAAAGAUGGGAAACCCUUGUAUAAACAAGAUCAAAAUUCCAGGAAAGUCCCCAUGGUGGUACUACUUGUGGCACUAUGUGGGAUUUCGUUUUAUCUCGGUGGAGUCUUCUAUUCCGAGAAGGACGGUUAUGCAACUAAUGAUGUAUCCAAGGAGGCUGAGUCUUUCGAGGGCACUGCCGGUGGCUCACUGCAAACCGAGGACACUUGGUUGUUUCCUGAGUGCAGUCCCGACUUUCAGGAUUACACUCCCUGCACUGAUCCUAAGAGGUGGAAGAAAUACGGCCUACAAAGACUAACAUUCAUGGAACGCCACUGCCCGCCUCCAUUUGAAAGAAUGGAGUGUUUGGUCCCUCCACCAGAGGGCUAUCAGCCGUCUAUCAAAUGGCCAACGAGCAAAAACGAAUGUUGGUACAGGAAUGUACCAUAUGAUUGGAUUAACAAGGAGAAAUCUAAUCAACAUUGGUUACAGAAGGAAGGGGAGAAGUUCCUUUUCCCGGGAGGAGGGACCAUGUUUCCCAAUGGAGUUACCCGGUAUGUUGAUUCGAUGGUAGAAUUGAUUCCCGGUAUGAAAGACGGGACAGUCAGGACUGCCAUUGAUACUGGAUGUGGGGUUGCAAGCUGGGGAGGGGAUUUGCUGAACCGAGGGAUACUAACAGUUUCACUAGCCCCGAGAGAUAACCACGAGGCUCAAGUUCAGUUUGCUUUAGAACGUGGGAUCCCUGCCGUUCUGGGGAUUAUUUCGACACAACGACUUCCUUUCCCUUCUAGCUCCUUCGAUAUGGCUCACUGCUCGAGAUGCCUUAUUCCAUGGACUGAAUUUGGGGGAACUUACCUUCUUGAGAUACACCGCAUAUUACGACCUGGAGGCUUUUGGGUCCUCUCGGGUCCUCCAGUGAACUACGAGAAUCGUUGGAGAGGAUGGAACACCACAAUCGAAGAGCAGAGAUCAGAUUACGAGAAACUGCAAGACUUGCUAACUUCGAUUUGUUUCAAACUGUAUGACAAAAAGGGCGACAUUGCUGUGUGGCAAAAGUUAUCAGACAACAGUUGCUAUAAGCAGCUCGAUAGCCCUGAUAGCUACCCGCCAAAAUGCGAUGAUAGCAUGGAACCAGAUUCAGCGUGGUACACACCACUUCGGACUUGUGUCGUGGUACCAAACCCAAAGCCUGGGAAAGUAGCCUUAGAAUCCUUGCCAAAGUGGCCGGAAAGGCUGCACACUGCUCCAGAACGAGUCUCGGAUGUUCGUGGAGGCAGCGAGGGGACCUUUAGACACGAUGACAGUAAAUGGAAAAUGCGAGUACAGCACUACAAGAAGCUGUUGCCCGAGCUCGGGACUGAGGAGAUAAGAAAUGUGAUGGAUAUGAACACAUUAUUCGGGGGGUUUGCUGCUUCUCUGGUGGACGAUCCUCUGUGGGUCAUGAACGUCGUUUCUUCCUAUUCAUCGAAUACACUUCCUGUGGUAUACGAUAGGGGUCUCAUUGGUACCUACCAUGACUGGUGCGAGGCAUUUUCAACAUAUCCUAGAACGUACGAUCUACUUUACGCUGAUGGCCUCUUCACUGCUGAAAGCCAUAGAUGUGAAAUGAAGUAUGUUCUUUUAGAAAUGGAUCGGAUAUUGAGGCCAAAGGGGUACGCCUUUUUCCGUGAGUCAAGGCAAUUUGUGGACAGUAUAGCGGCCAUAGCUAAGAGGAUGAGAUGGGUGUGUCGUAAAGAAGAUACAGAAGAUGACGUAGAAACUUCGAAGGUAUUGAUCUGUCAAAAGGACCUCUGGCAUUCUUCUAAGCAGAGUUCAAUAUGA